UUUCCAGCCGAGCCGGGCGGCGGCGGCCGCGGGCUGAGCGUGGCUUCCCGGCGGCCGGGCCCGCUUCCCCGGCGGCAUGGCCGGGGCCAGGAGGGUGCUGGCGACCCUGCGGAGCCACUGGAAGAAAACGGCGCUGGGGGCCGGCCUGCUGGGCUGGGGGGCGAGCUGGCUGCACGGCAGGCACCGCGAUAACCUGCUACGAAGAGCUGCGUGCCAAGAAGCCGAGGUUUUUGGCAACCAGCUGCUUCCUUCCAGUAUGCCACUGAAGAAGGCGACAGUGUUCCUCAACCCAGCAGCUUGCAAAGGUAAAGCCAGGAACCUUUUUGAGAAGAAUGCUGCUCCAAUUUUGCACUUAUCUGGCUUGGAUGUAACUGUGGUUAAGACUGAUUAUGAAGGGCAAGCAAAAAAGCUGCUGGAACUGAUGGAAAACACGGAUUUGAUCAUUAUUGCAGGAGGAGAUGGCACAGUACAAGAGGUCAUAACUGGACUUCUCCGCAGAGCUGAUGAGGCUGCCUUCAGUAAGAUUCCUAUAGGAUUCAUACCACUUGGAAAGACCUGUACUUUGAGCCACACGCUCUACCCUGAGAGCAUGAACCAAGUAGAACAUAUUACUAAUGCUACAUUGGCCAUUUUGAAGGGAGAGACAGUUCCACUUGAUGUCUUGCAGAUCAAGGGAGAAAAGGAACAGCCUGUGUUUGCAGUGACCGGUUUAAGAUGGGGAUCUUACAGAGAUGCAGGAGUUAAAGCUAGCAAGUACUGGUACCUUGGGCCUCUGAAAACUAAAGCAGCUCACUUUUUCAGUACUUUUAAGGAAUGGCCUCAGAAACGUCAAGCUGAGCUCAUGUACCUGGGUCCAACUGAGAGACCUCCAGAAGAGCCAGAGGAGAAACCGUCCAGACCUCCUUUGUAUGUGAGGCUUUACAGACGACUUCGCUUAUACUGGUCACCUCCCCCAAAAGAAAUCCCCCAGGAGGCAGCCCCAGAGGACUGGGAAGAACUGAAAUUAUCCACCAUUGAGCUUUCCAUUGCAACUCAGAACAGACAGCUUGAUCUGACACGCACUGAAGACUUCAUGGAUAUUUGCAUUGAAGCAGAUACUAUCAGCAAGGGACAGUUUGUGAACAGAGGAAGCCAAAAGAUGCGUGAUCCACAUAUGUGCCCUGAAGGGAGUCAGUGCAUCCAAGCCAGCAGAUGCAUCUUGCAGCUUCCAGAGGGCACUGAGGGAUCCUUUGGUAUUGAUAACGAGGAAUAUGAAGCUAUGCCUGUGGAGGUGAAGCUAUUACCCCGGAAACUCCGGUUCUUCUGUGACCCCAGAAUGAGAGAGCAGAUGCUCCGUGCAGCAGUACAGUGAGACUUCAUGUCAAAGGGGCCAGUGUUCACCAGACCUACCAGGUUCUCUUCAAAGCGUAUCCUCACUAAAUGGAUUAACCCUACCAGAUUAAUGAGCCAACCAGCAAUUUUAUGCACAAGGAACUUCCACUGAAGGUGGCUAGUUGGCUAGUCUCAAAGGGGCUAAUAAUGCAAAUUAAAAUUCUAAGAAUUGCAUGUUAACUUGAUGGCAUUUUUUUUUCCUCCCCUGAAGAAGUCAUCAGUGUUCCAUUUACAGCACUGCAGGCUAAGUGCUACCAGCCAGAUGCUACUGUUUUAAUGCAAUUGUAUAUUAAAGUAAAAUGAAAGCACA